AGAAUUUAUGACGUCUUUUCCUCUCUCUCACUCACACAUAAACAGUCUCUAGGCAUUUCACUGCUGUGACAUUUGACUCGCGAGGGGUUCUACUACGAAUUUUACUUUGAUCUGUCCUACGAAUCAUUUCGACGGAGGUAUACAGAGAAAGAGAAAAUGGUGGAAAGACAUGGUAGUCGUCGUGAGAAGUUUGGCCUACAUUUUCUGGCUUCUUGGUUUGAUUGACGUCACUGCUGGAACAAUGUCUGGAAUGUAAGGAAAUAAUUUGUGGACAACUCAUUUGAGCAGAAGAAACGACAUGGCUGCCUCCACGACUGAUGCCCUAUUUGUGACUGCCAACGUUGGUUCAAUUUUUGAAGAUCCAACGUCCAUGCUGAAGAUAUGGUGCGAUGAAUUCUUGGCAACGGUGUCUCGAUUGUCUCCUAAAUUAGUUGCCUUGCACUGUCAGGAAGUGGGAGGCAAAAACUAUGAGCGAAGCAUGCAACAUGUUUCUGAAUUUGUCAAAUUACUCAUGUCCAGUGAAGAGCUCCAACUUUUUGACAAAGUGAGAAUAUUUUUAGAUGAGGAUUAUUCUUCUGCAGAACACUUUACCGCUUUAGGUAACUUUUACUUCAUACACGAAUCCUUACGAGAAGAAAACAUCCAGAUUUUUAACUUUCAAGAGUGCAAGUUUGAAUCAGUUGCCGGAAAGGAAGUAUUUUCAGGGAAUAUUGAAGAUGUCGUUACCAAAGAAAAAUCAAAGUUUCCUCAGGAAACUUUUCCGGAGUGCAAGUGGUCUCGCAAGGGGUUCAUGCGUACACGAUGGAAUUUGAAUGGAACAAUCUUUGAUCUCGUCAACAUUCAUUUGUUUCAUGAUGCAUCAAAUUUUAUUGCUAUGGAGUCGUGUCCAUCUGUAUACUGUAAAAAUCGGCAGAGGGCUCUUGAUCAUACUCUUAAAAGGUUUCACACCGACCACUAUGGAAUUGUGCCAUUUUUCGUGUUUGGUGAUUUUAACUUCAGGACUGAUACACAAGGGGUAGUCAAGAAACUAUCUGAGGGUUUGAAUGCUGUAAAAAUUCAAAGUAAUAAAAGUUCUGACCCUGCUAAGCUGCAAUACAGGGACGAGUCUAGUCAGCAAGUAGUUUUAACUUUGGGGAAGAAAGAAUUUAGUCACCAGGAUCACCAGAAAUUGUUUGUCGGUGAUGAAAGUGAAUGGUUAAGGGCAUAUGAUCGUGAGUUGGAGUCAUUUAGUGGUCAGCUCUUUGAGUUUACCAUUAACUUCCCUCCAACUUACCCAUAUGUCGAAGAUUCUGAAAGGGGGGAAAUGUAUAUGCAGACACGUUGUCCUUCCUGGUGUGAUCGUGUUUUUCUGAGUGCCAGUGCUCGAGCCCUUGUUGAUGAUUCCCUGGAGGAUUCAACUCCCGAGUACGGCUUGAUAGGCCUAAACUCUUGUAUGGGUGAUCAUAAGCCAGUCUUCCUCCAGGCAUCUCUGAUUGGUGGAUUAGGUACGGUGAGUUGCUGUGCAUUGCCAGCUGCCCCUUGCACGUCCUGCUUGAGUGCCACAAGUCCCUUAGAACAUGUUUGCCGCCUCUGUACUAAGCAACCAGUAGAUUCUUCCUCAUUUCCUGUCUUUGAACCUGAGCAAGACCAUAGUGGCCUCGUCGUUCCUAAAUUCCAUCGACAUACCUCACCAUACACUCCUGACAGCACUGAUACAGAGCCUGAUUUAGGAGAAGAGUUGUCACCUGAAGAUCCCCUUUACAUGAAGACUAAAAAUGAUAGGCGUCUCAAUCGCUCUGAUGUUUCUUCUCGAAAGCGUCUGCACAUUUCUGCUGACGCUGCAUCUAAUGUUGAAGGAGGAGAGAAUCUGAAUCGGGCAGCUACCAACCGAAAAAGUGUCUCAAAAAUUCCUGUACGUGUACCCGAUCCCAAAGAGCCCAUAGUGGUUCCCCCAGGUCCCAUAGUUUCGAAAAUUCCUGUCUCUAAGCAUGCCGUAGCUAGGCAAGAAUCGCUAUUGAGAGGUAAAAAUGGGACCCACAUUUCUCCUUCCACUCCUUCUUCCAAGGAUAAUCUUGACAAGAGAUUAACUUUUAAAUUGGAUAACGACCUAUUUUCAUUUGAUCGAGAUACGUCCCCGAUGAGUGGUGCUGAUGAUCAUAUUUCGAUUUCUAAACCUCGUUUGAUGGAAGGAAGGAAGCAGUUGUUCAGGCAAAUGAAUGUUGAUGAAGAGAGCAGUGACUCUGAUACAUGUUUGGAAGAUAGUUUCAAUUUAUCUGAUCUAAAAACGGGUCAUAAAUUGCCCGAAGAUACUAAAGUUGAGAUUCAGUUUUCUUUGGUUGAAACUUCCUCUGAUCUAUCAUCACCUGUCGAUGGUGAGACAGAUGGUUUUCUAUCAGCAAAGGCAGGAGGAUCUACAACUGAUAGUGGAGUGUCCAUAUCCCCAGACUUGUCAGGGGCAGCCUCACCAUCAACUGAUGAAACAGAUAAAGUUGCACCUGAAACAGCAUCCCUUGCAGAGUACGCAGAAGACAGUGACUCUAAAGCUGAAAUGAAUGCAUCUCUUGAUAGAUUUACCUUUGUGAGAAGAAUUCAGUCAGCAUCUGCCAUGGAACGAAAGAGUUCCUUCCCCUUUCCCUCUUCUAUUUUUGUGGAGAAUCAGCCCUCAUUAACAGGGUUUGGGGGUUCUGGAUCUGAUUUGUGGGGCAUGAGAACAUGCAGGUGCAUGAGUGAUGGCUCACGGAGACAGCGAUCGUCCACUAUUUCUCACUCAAUGCUCAGCUCAAGGACCGAUUCCAGAAUUCGAUUAAUUUCUACUAGCUCUCGGCUGGACAGAUCAUUACCUCGCUUACAAAGUCAUCAUAGUUCUUCAGAUGAAGACUGGUUUGAAGAAAUUGCCACCGAUCCACUCGAAUUGCCAAUUGAUAAUGAACAAAUUGCCUGUUGUGACAGUGUGAGCAGAGUGCAAACAGGGGAUUGUGUGAAAAGGCUUUCAACGCAUCAAGAAUGUAUCAAUGACAAACUGUCUGAGUUGGGGGAAGAGAAUGCUGCUGGAAAUGACAAGGAUGAAAUUUCUGAAGUUGGCCCCGAAUCAUUUUUGAAGAUGCAUAGUUCAUCUCAGUCUCAGUCCAGCAGUGACUGGGCGAUGGCUGCAGUUGGAAAAACCUUAGCACAGACUUGUUUUGUGCAAGCAGUUGCAGGAAGAUCCGUGAAUGAGGAGGCAAGGCUAUCAGAUCUAUCAGAGGCAAAAACCAAUCUCGACCAACUUCAAGGAUCAGAGUCAGAAAAAUCUACAUUAAAAGGAAAAGAUGAAGAGGUAGUGCCUCUCCAUCAGGCAGGAAGUGAUUCAGAGGAAAGCCCUAAACAUGUUGUAGAAAUUCCUCAGAAUCAACGGCGACUUUCAGUUACAUCAAACGUUAAAGCGACAAACUCAAGAAGCUGCAAAGCUUGCUGCACUCUCCUGUGACAGAUUGUUUAAGUCUUCAUGACUGAUGAAUACAUAAUGUUUACAAGUUUAAUUCUGACAAUUUUAAUGCAGAUGUUUAAGUGCUAUGACCAUUGCCAAAAAAAAGGAAUUUGUGAAUUUGAGUCUCAAUGUAUUUCAAGAACUUCUGGAAUGAGUUUUGAAAAUACUUCUCUUCCUUACCCAUUUAAAAGUGAGUGUGAUUUGGCAUUUGAAUAUUUUAAUCAAAUUACUUUUAAAAACAGGGCUUUUGAAUGUUAUGGUUCUUAUUUGUAGGUGUAUUCACCCACAUUCUAUCAUUCUAUCAUUAAUUUUGCUCAACACACAUUUAAAGCUGUCCAUUCUCAAAGUCUGAAACAAAAAUGAAGCAUUUAGAACCUAAACAUAGUUUUAUUUCCAAAAAGCCCUCAGCCUGAAGCAAGCAUUUUUAUCUUUAAAUGGGUAAAGAUGGUAUCCAACCUUCAUUCAUUCCUCCUGGAGUAGCAGAGGUUUCUCUUGUUAGCCUAAACAAGGUGGAUGUUUGAUUAGACUUGUGCCAGUACUAAAUCAAAAUAAAAUAACUAAAGAGAAAAUCUAUUUUAUUGAGUUACAAUUUACAUCUGGGAGAAACAAUUUUAAAUCAAAAUAAUGAUAAUAAAAAUAACUUGACUUGUGUCUAUUGAUUGUUUAAUCUUGAAGUAGUUCUAAUCAAAAUGGUGUCCUCUACCAUGGUAUUUCUUUAGAUGUAUUUGUACACUUGUAGGACUACUGCUAUUUUUCUGUUGGAUCUCCCAUAAUAAUAUCUUUCAAUUCAUGAUAAAUUUUAUGAAAGAUAAUCCGUAAGGUGCGGAUUUGACAGAUUCACCAAAAGUCAUCUUUGAUAAACUGCCAUUUAUCAGUACUGUAUACAGGGUUUUGAGUGAUACUUCUACAUGUGUUCUAAUUGACAAUAAGCUAUUGAUUUAAUGUCUUUAAUGUUGUAAUUAAGGGAGUCCAAUGUUUUCUGAAAUUAUGUAUUACAGCGACUCAUCCUGUUCCUUACAGAGGUGGCUUGAUUUUGGCCUAUUGGAUUUCACAUUCUAUGUUGUUUUUCUCAUUAAAUUGCUGCUUUUUUGUAUAUUGAGAUAGUCAGGUUUGGUUUGAGGUUUGGAGUAAUGUAAAUCCUUGUCUUUUUAUUUUUCCAUAAUUCCAAUUGUAUACUUCCUAUUAUGUGUACUCACCAAAUCCUAUGCCGCCAGCUUUGAAUCUCAAGUCUAUUAAAAAUAAUUUGAAAAAAGAUAGAGGCUUUUAAAAAUAAGGCAUUGAUUUUGCAAUUUUGUGAAAGAAUUGUUAGUGUGAGACCUAUAUUUUUUGUCUAGGUACGACAGUGAAAUGUAUGUUCCUAUUGUAGUUUUUGUUUGUCUGUGAUUACCUUCCCAAGGUGUCCUUAUUCUGAAACUUGCCAAUAUUAUUAAGUCAAAGUCUCAAGCACUUUUGGCUCUCUUAUAUAUUAAUUCUUUGCUUUAACAAUUUUUUAAAAAAUGGCUCGUUGCUCAAAGUAAGGCUCUCACUCUGUUGAAUGUGUGUCUGAUCUGCUACCAACAUCACAUUAGAGAACGUUCACAUACCACUUGAACCUCAGACGCCAUGGUAACACUGUCAAGACUCGGCAUGCUUGUACAAAGAAAGCUUUACCACGUAACAUCAUUUUCAUGUUCAUAUGGUAUGUGGAUGUUCCCAUACCAGAAAGGCCAACUGUUUUGGCAUUUUUCUUUGAAUCUUCCAAUUUUUUUCCAAUAGGAGUUGAGGCUGGAGAGUGUAUUGCCUUAUAUUUAUUUAACACCAUGAAUUAGUUUUGUGGUGCCUUGUGUCUCAUCUAUGACAGCCUGUCUUAAACACAAAUGAAACUUAUGUACUUUGUUUAUCGUGAUACUGCUAGGAUACUUUUACCAUUCAAGUUAAUCUAUCAAUCUCCACACCCAAUGUGGUUAUAGUUCUAUGUUGAGUUUUGUUUUUAAGUGUGUGUGAAAAUCUUAAAUGAAUGUAUAACUCUUUAAGAUUCCUAUUUAUUACAUCGUGUUUUUAUGUUGCUGCAUUUAACUUUUCUUUUCCCGUUUCUGCUUUUAUUGUUAAUGAAGGUGUCACUUCAACAUUUCGAAAGAAAUGUACUUACUUUUUCAUUUCAUGGUGAAUGGUUUCACUUUCACACCAUUUCUUCAGAGAAGAAGAAUGUUAAAAGCAUUUCCCUUCUUGGUUUUGGCACCUUUAUAAUUUGAAUUAUUGUUUGAACUAAUUUUUAUUCCUCAAGGUGUAUUGUAGCCAGAUUAAAAAAGAUUUUUUGACUGCUGUAGAAGGUUUAUUUGUAUAUAUAUUUAUGAAACUUUUGUUACACUGAAAGCAUUACUCACUAGCCUAUAGCAGCCUCUAUACUCACAGUAGAAGGAUGUUCUCACGCUCAAAAUACUUGCCUUUGGGGCCUUCCAACAUUUAGACCUAGGUCCGUGAAUAUACACGCAACCUUUUCUCUUGGUUGCUGUUGCUGGGGAUAGUUUGAUACCAUUCAGCACAACACUUCCAUACUACUGAAGCCAACUUAAUUAUCAGUGAUUAAUUUUGCAUAAAUGUAGCCGAAAAAUGAGGCUAAAUGUGUUCUUCAAUUUCAAUCAUAACAGACACUGCAACUGCUGCUUUAAAGAAAUUUACUACCUAUUGCAUGCAUACAUCUUUAUACCCAACAUAUUCUUAAUAAUCUGAGUGUGACCUGAGUGUUGCUUGCUCAAUCGCAUGGUGCAUACGUAGUUACUUUUCAAAAUGUGGUGUGCCACAUGUUUGUGACUCCCCUCGUAGUUUUUCCUUUUUUUUCUAAACUUUUAAAUUUGUAAUGUAGAUAGCUUUUUCAAACCUUUGUGGAUUUUAUUGUAAAAAGUUAAUUUUCAUUCCCCAUAAUGAGUGCUUCCAGAAGCAUUUAUUUGUAAAUUGUCAGG